AAGGAUUUACGUUCAUGCCCGUGAAUAUGUUCGAGUCUGGGAGGUGUUAAGAUGAAGAGUGUCAAACGUGUUAUAGAUGAGAUCAUGCAGCAGGAGAUCAGGCCCCUGCUGGCUGUAGACAUCAUCGAGCAGCUUCAUCGCCAGUUUGCCUUGCUCUCAGGAGGGCGAGGGAAAGAUGGCGCCCCCAUCAUCACCUUCCCAGAGUACUCAGGCUUCAGCGAAGUGCCAGAGGAAGACUUCCUCAAUGUUGUUACUUACCUGACCAGCAUCCCCAGCCUGGAUGCUGCGAGCAUCGGCUUCAUCAUCAUCAUCGACCGGCGGAAGGACAAGUGGAGCUCAGUAAAGGCCUCUCUAUCCAGGAUCGCUGGGGCAUUUCCAGGAAACCUGCAGCUGGUGUUGGUGCUGAGGCCGUCCAGGUUCUUCCAGAGGGCUAUAGCAGACAUCGGGAUCAAGCUGCACAAGGAUGACUUUAAAAUGAAGAUUGUGAUGCUGAACUCUCUGUCGGACCUGCACGGCUAUGUGGACAAAGGUCAGCUGACACGGGAGCUAGGAGGAAGCCUGGAGUACUGUCACAGUCAAUGGAUACACCACCGAACUGCCAUAGAGAACUUUGCCAUGACAGUGAAAACCACAGCCCAGAUGUUACAGAAGUUUGGGACGGACCUGGCAGAGACAGAGCUGCCCAAUGACGUCCAGUGCACCAAAGACCUGCUCACAGCACACACCGACAAACACGACAACCUCAAGGAUGAACUGAAGCUGGCUUUGAAGCAGGGGACCACCUUGUUAGGUUGUAUCAAGGAGCAGGCGGCCAAGUCCGAGAAUCACAAACUCAACCCAGACGAGAUGGAGAACCAAACCACAGUGGAAAGGCUCCUAGCCCAGCUGGAUGAGACAGAGAACGCCUUUGAACAGUUCUGGUGCAAACACCAUCUGAAACUGGAGCAGUGCCUGCAGCUACGCCACUUUGAACAGGACUUCAGAGAGGUCAAAGUGUCACUAGACAGUUUGAUGGACAGUCUAACCAGCCUAUCAGAUGUCGGGGAUUGUGUGGCCAGAGUUGAACAUUUGUUACAGGAACUGAAAACACUGGAGGAGAGGGCUCAGCCCUCAACAGAAAAGGCCCAGCUUCACGCACUGCAUGGCGACCAGCUGAUCCAGAGCAACCACUACGCUGUGGACUCCAUUCGACCCAAAUGUGUGGAGCUCCGGCGGGUGUGCGACGACUUCAGCAACGAGGCCAAGAAAAAGACGGACGUCUUAUCCAAAUCCCUGCAGAUACACGUGGGCAUUGAUAAGGUGAACCAGUGGUGUGAGUCUGGCAUCUACCUGCUGGCCUCCCAGGCUGUGGAUAAGUGUCAGUCACAGGAAGGCGCAGAGUCGGCACUGACCGACAUCGAACGCUUCCUGGAGUCAGCGGAAAAGAACCAGCUGACUGAACUGAGGAACCUCCACAACCAGUAUGAGGUUGUCCUGUCCGAGGAUAUCAAGGCUAGUGUCCUGAAAGCACUGAAGCGCCUGGAGGACGUCCAGGAGAUGUUCGAGAAGCGGCACGUCAGUCUGAAGAGACUGUCGGCGAAACAGACGAGGCCCGUCCAGCCCGUUGCCCCGCGGCCUGAAUCCUCCCCGAAACGGCCCUCACUGAAGAACCCCCCCAGGACGACAGGCAGCCAGCAGCCUCUGGCUCGCAGAGCUUCUGAUAACUCUAACAGUGGCAAGCAGCUAGCUGAAGCUGAUCCCAACAAGAAGAGGAACAUACGCAAGGCCAAAGGAGGCAUCAAGAUUGAGGUGAUGCAUGAAGAAAGCCAAGGAGGCUCCACCCAUGUUGUUGUGACCAAUGAGACAGAGGAGAGUCUGUCCAGCAGACGCAGACACAUCAUGACUGAGCUGAUUGAAACAGAGAGGCUGUAUGUGGAGGAACUGCAAAGCAUCAUGGAGGGUUAUUUCACAGAGCUGGAUAACUCUGAACUCAGCCACCUCAUCCCCCCAUCCCUGGAGAACAAGAGGGAUGUGCUAUUUGGCAACCUGCCAGAGAUAUAUGAAUUUCACAACAGGACGUUUCUGCGGGAGCUGGAGAACUGUGCAGAGAAACCAGAGCUGGUGGGAACCUGUUUUCUGAAAAGGAAAGAAGAGCUGCAGGUAUAUGAGAAGUACUGUCAGAAUAAGCCCCGCUCUGAAGUCCUCUGGAGACAAUGUGGAGACAGCCUCUUCUUUCAGGAAUGCCAGAAGAAACUGGACCACAAACUGUCUCUGGAUGCCUACCUGCUGAAGCCUGUCCAGAGGAUAACCAAAUACCAACUAAUGCUCAAGGAGAUGUUAAAAUGCAGUAAGGGUGAGGGGACGGCUGAGUUGGAGGAGGCUUUAGCAACCAUGCUGGACAUCAUCAAGUCCGUCAACGACUCCAUGCACCAGAUAGCCAUCACCGGCUUCGAGGGAAACCUGAGUGAACUCGGGAAGCUGCUGAUGCAGGGAUCCUUCAACGUGUGGACUGACCAUAAGAAAGGCCACAGCAAGGUGAAGGACCUGGCCAGGUUUAAGCCCAUGCAGAGGCACCUGUUCCUGUAUGACAAGAUGCUGCUGUUCUGUAAGAAACGAGAGGAGAACACCGAUGGACACGAGAAGACCCCGUCCUACAGCUUCAAACACUCGCUCAAGAUGAGCGCUGUGGGGAUCACAGAGAAUGUCAAAGGUGACAUCAAGAAGUUUGAGGUGUGGUACAACGGCAGAGAGGAGGUUUACAUCAUCCAGGCUCCUUCCAUGGAUGUGAAAAAUACGUGGGUGUCAGAGAUUCGUAAAGUUCUUACAGGCCAGUUAGAGGCGUGCAGAGAAGCCAGCCAGCUCAACAUCUAUGGGGCCCCCAUGAGGAACGUGCGUAAGAUGGCGCUGAGACAGUCUGAUUCAUCAAGUCCAGAGUCAGGCUUCAGGAGGACCAACCCCAGCCCGAACAUGAGGCAGAAGAGAGUUGAUGCUUCAGCCAGCCAAUCAGGCCACUCGGCUGCUAAUGCUAGGAAACGCUUCACCUUGCAGGGGCUUUCAAACAGGAGGUCUCUUCCAGCAGAGCCAGCUGCUAAGGAGACACAGGUCACCCGCCGCUUCUCUCUUACCUCCUCUCUCACCUCAUCUUCCUCCUCCUCCUUCGCCACAAGACGCACAAAAGGUCCACUCUCUGCUAGCAUAAAGAGCAAGAGACAUGAGAUAAAGAGCGAUCCCACUCCUUUCGGUUAUGAAGAUACUUUGCGUGGCGCUAUGGCAGCGGUCAGGAAGCGUCAGAGCAUGACUAGCAGCACAGCUACUGCUGCUGGCGGCACCUCAGCUGUCCCUAGAUCCACCUCCCAACCAGGCUGGGCCCAGCGCCGUCUCCCUUCCAUGGACACAGACGACUUUGAGACGAUCCCCUCCAGUGCAGAGGACUCCUCCAACUCUUCAGAAGAGGAAGGCACCAAUAAGAAUGGUGACAGCAGUCGUUUCCGGGUGCAGCUGACCUAUGAGUCCCAUGAAGCACGCGACCUCUCUCUGGAGACGGGCGACCUGGUCCAGUUUCUGGAGGAAGCGGAGAACGGACUCUGGCUAGUCAAGAACCUUUUAACAGAGGAGACAGGGCUGGUCCCGUCCAGCAUACUGCAAACAGCAUCUGAAGGAGAUAUCUUCAGUGAUCUGUGCACAGCAGCGCUCUCCGACUCGGACGAAAAUGAAGCCAGCACAUGGGGAGAUGUGUCUCAGGACAGCAAAUAAACAUGGCUUACUAUUGUAGUUCAUUAAGUUGGGCUUCAAGCAUUUUUGUUGGAUCACGAACAUGACUGAUAACUCUAGUGUUUUUUCAACUGUAACUUCCUAAGCUGGACUUUCAAUAUCAAUGACUAUUUGUUUUCUACCCGUAGUUCUUCAUGUUCUACUACAAAUAUGGCCUGCUAUUGUUUUUCAACUGUACUUUUUCAUGUCCGACUCUUUGAGGCUUCUCAGUGAAGCCUCCGGGAAAAGCUGGAAUCUUAACUUGCCUGAAUGCCACAGUGGGAAAGCCAUAUAAGACUUUUCAUUCAAGGAAGUGCCAGCUGUCGUCUGUGGAACGCCGAAGACAGAACAGAUAUGGACACUGAACUUUGCAUCCAAAGUUGGAUGAAUUCAAAUUACAUUCUGUAGAAAAUGCAAUUCCUGAGUGGCUGGGCUGGAUACCUGAAAACUCAAAUCCCAUUUCUGACGUGGAUCACCUUAGGGAAGAGUGAUGAAUUCCAUGUGCUGGUUGUGAACAGGCCUUGGCAAGGUGCCCUGUUUUGCUGCUACGCUGCGCUGAAGCAAAACUCUUUCAGAGCAGGUUCCACCUCUGCUGGCCUGCUUCUGCUGCUUCAAACUUUUCAGGUUCAGGGUGCAGACACUUCACAGUGGCUGCAGUCGCCAGAAGAACCUAGAAGUUGUCUUGCUUGCCUUUCGUCAUCCUGGUAGAGCAUCCACAUAAUGUUACAUCAGAUAUGUUAUCCCAGUGUGCCCGUUCUCACACCUUGUAGACUGGCAAAUCAUCUGUCAAAAUGCUCUAAGAGAUAUUACAUAUUUGAUUAUAAGAUAUAACCCAGUCGUCCUUCUCUACGCUGAAGGAGAAAAAAAACCUUUUUAAAUUAUGCAGACAAAAUGUUUUGUUUUGGACAGAAACUGCUAUUUGUAUCAUUGUCCCCUCGUGCUUUAUCAAUGAAGUAAUUGUCUCAAUGAUGUCUUUUUGCAUAGACAUCAUGCUUGAGGAGGUUAACAUUUAGUGGUCAAACACAACAGCUUUUUCGGGGGGAGGGAUUGGGGGUGUAAAAUGUAUUUAUUGGUGGUGCAGUCUUAAAAAAACAUAGUUUGCUACGUCAGGAGUGAAACAGAUAAGAGAAUCUGAUUCUAAAAGAAUUUCUUUUAUCAGCUAAUGACAGCUAAAUUACUUUCCAGCAGAAAAUGCAUGUGAGACAUAAAUCAAUCAUAAUGUGUUUUCCAGUGUAUUUGUUUUACAUGCACAGUGAAUAGCAGACAGAAGAAGCCAAAUGGCUUUUGAUGGAAAUUAAGCAUUGCUGCAGCACAUCUCUUCUUUAGAUGAAUGGGGUGGUGAUGUAAAGGGAACAGAUUUAUCUCUGUGACAUGUUAUGCUACUUGGACUCAUCUCUACAUAAUGGGAUUUUCACUAGCAAGCUUCUUUAGAACAUUUCACACUUUUUUUUUUUUUUUUUUUUGCUGAAAGCCAGCUGCUAUCUAUAGAAAGAACAUAUUCAAGCAUUGUGUUAAUGACUUGUGUGCAUGUAAACACUUCAUCAACAGCAAUCAGAAACCCAGAUAUGAGUUUGCAAGGAUGCUGAGGGAUGCGUAGACUUUAUAGCAUCGUACAAAGAGUACACUCACUUUCAAUGGAUGAUAUUCAGAGUAGUGUACGGAUUCAUGCACACAGAUCCCUUCAUGUCCUGCUGAUUUAUCGCCACAUCCGUAUAGUGGCUCAUGGCUCGCAGCGGUCAGACACAUGCUCGAUCAGAGACCAGACUGAUUGUAUUCUAACCUUGAAAUUCCUUUAAGGGUCUGAGCGCCGGGCCGUUUUGCUGAAUCCAAGCAAUAGUUCAGCUUUGCAACAGCGUUAUCAGAUUCAUGAGACUCUUUUGAAGACCAUGUUAAAAGUGCUUACGCAGCGUUUUUGUUACUGAGAUAUUAACAUUUGUUAGCAAUUUGUGAGGGUCACCACCAUAAGCCAGGUAGGCUGAAAAGCAUUUCUUUGACAGAUCGCACUCAUGUCUUUUUUUUUCUAAGGUAAACUACGGUAUGUUGUGGGAAAAGUCAGGGAACUGUUCGGCUAUUUGCUGCAAGUUAUUUUUCAGGGAAAUGCUUCUUUAGCAAGCAGCACCCGGGCUGUUUCUUAGCAUCAGCUGUAUAGGUUUCAGUGUACACUCAACGUUCAUUCAUGGAGAGGGCCGAGAUGACGUCUUAGUUAAUGUAAAUAACCAUCAGUGUUAGCCUAUUACUGCAUAUUCUGUGGGGUAAACAUCCAUUUUCUGUAUGACUGCUGUAUCGUUGUACACCAUUCUCCCUCAGAGUUUUUUCAGCAUCACAUUGCAUUUCUACUGAUAGAUUCAAUUAUAUGAUCUAUUCACUGAGAAUUCUGAAACAGCACGACUGUAUUUACAUAGAUGCAUAGAUGGCAUGUCAUGUCCCAAGAAGGACGCCAACAUUUCUUACUUGUGACAGUUUGGAUGACGACUCCUUUGAUUUACAUUUACCUGUAACUUAUUAGAAAUGGAGAGAAGAAACCAGAAGGAUAUCAAAAGGCUAAAUAUUGACCUGAUGACUGAAUACAUAUCAGAAUGUAAGAAUUGGUUUCUCUUUUAGAAAGCUACAGUAAGUAACUGGGAUCAGUCUUUGGAAGUCAGGGUUUAAGAACCCUGAUCUUGAAUAUCAAUUAAAAAAUUGAUAAUGUUGGAGGAUGCAUGGGCGGACACGUAGAUGAGUGGGUGGGUGAAUGGGCUGACGCAUGGAUGGAUGAUUAGUUGUAUAAAUAGACUGGUGAAUGGUGGAUGUGUGGAUGAUGGAUGGAUGGAUGACCCAUAGGACGAAAGGUCACUAUAAUGAUGGAUGGAUGGAUGAAGCAUUGAUGGGCAGGUGCAGCAGAUGGAUGGAUUGACUGACAGAUAGAUAUUCUGAUACUGUAACUUGGUUAAGAUCUGUAACAGAACGCCAGACUCUAUUAAAGAUCAGAUUCAUUCCUAUUAUUCUGAUUGUAAAUUGAUACACUCCUCUUGAACAUGCUGUAUAUUUUGUUUACCCUAUGUUAAAUGAAAAAUAUUGUAUCUUUGUAAAGGAAAUAUUUAUAUUGUAUUGCAUCCUGCUGCAAUUUAAUUGCCAUUUAACUAUAUCAUAGAAUGUAUCAAGUCUGUAUAUUGUACAAUCUGUCAUUGUAAUGUACAUAUUGGUUCAUUGUGAUAAUAUGCAUUUACAAUAUGGAUUUUGUCACCUUGUUUUUUUUUUUUGUUCUUUUAAACUAAGCCCAUUAUACCACACAAACAUGCAUGCAAACAGAUCUGAUACAUAUACUAGGUGCUAGAUUUCAAAUGCAGACCACACUUAGGCCAUGUUGCUUCCUGUUGAAGAAGGAAUGUUCCCACCAGAGUAAGAAGACUUUGAUAUCUUAACCAGGUGAGCUAAAAGGAUGAAACAAUGCAGUAACCAUACAGGAUUUCUGUACAGGAAAAACAUUUUGGAGGUUUGUGACAGCUUUCAUCGUUUGCCUUUUCAGUAUCUCAAAACGUUUUUUCUCUGUUUGCACUGAAGGAACAGCACCCUCCUACUGCUAUGCAGUAAUCUAAUACAUUUCCUACCAAAUUUAACCGCUGUUGUGAAUUUAGCGAGAACAGAAGCUAUUAGUCUUCUCACUGAUGGUACUGGGUUUAUAUAGACCCCAUCAGUUAAGUUAGGGGUGAAUUUUUUUCAUAUCUUUUUGUGCAAUUAAUGAACUGAAGCUCUUGCAUUAUUAAGUAAUGCACAAAUUCAUAAUUUAAAGAACAAACAGAACAUUAACAAUCUGUCAUCCCAUUAAAUGUAUUUAAGGGACCUUAAAGAUAACAAGUUGUGUAUCUCAGGCCAAAAUCUGUGUUAAACCCAGGUGGUUCAAUUAGACUUGAUUAGAUACAUUAUUCAAAAUCUUUCACUCUUUUUGCGCUGCAUUAAAAUGGUAGGUGUGCACUGAACUGCUGCAGUAAUGGAGCAACUAUAUAGAGUGCUGAGAGGACGUGGGCAAAUGGAAUGAAAGCAAUAAGCGAACAAUAUUAAAAUAAAACUAAUAUUUCUUUCACAUUGGGUUUCAUUUCCGUUGGUCUGAUGACCAGUUUAUCUAUUGGUAAUUGCAACAUUGUGCACAGCGAAGUGAUUUCUGAGAUCUGGUAACAUCACUCCGAUGAUGUCUGAGGGGACAAGAAACAUGCAGUCACAUGUUUUCAGGGUAGCCAGACUUACUUGGAAACAGAACAACAGUGAACAGUAAAAUAAUUACCCAAACUUUUUCAGUCUGGUACUCAGGUGAGCACCAGCAGACGGUGUUUGGUA